CGAUUGAAUAAAUUGUCGCUUGAGCGAAGAUUAGCGAAGCGAAAGAGCGAGCGAGCGAGCUAAACUAGUAGAUGGCGGGAGUGAUCUCGUGUGAUAUAACUGUGUUAGAUUAGUUUUUAAAUUGUAGUGUUUAAUUUCUAGUAUAGUUAUUAAAAUGACUAGAGCUAAAAUAGAACUGGGCGACGUAACCCCACAUAAUAUAAAGCAACUGAAGAAGUUGAACACAGUCGUAUUUCCAGUGUCUUACAACGACAAAUUCUACAAAGAUGUAUUAGAAGCAGGUGAACUGGCCAAGUUAGCAUAUUACAAUGAUAUCGUGGUGGGAGCAGUGUGCUGUAGAAUAGACACGUCGGAGAACUCGCGGCGGCUUUAUAUUAUGACACUGGGGUGCUUGUACCCAUACAGAAGAUUGGGCAUUGGAACUCUUAUGGUGGAACAUGUGCUCAAGUAUGUGGAACAGGACGGCAAUUUCGACAGCAUUUUCUUGCAUGUUCAGGUGAACAAUGAGGGAGCAAUAGAUUUCUAUAAGAAGUUUGGAUUCGAGAUUGUGGAGACUAAGGAGCACUAUUACAAGAGGAUAGAGCCAGCCGAUGCUCAUGUACUACAGAAGACGAUCAGACAGCCACAACCCCCCAUACCUUUACUAAAUGGCACGGUACCACAUGCAAAGACCAACGGACAUGAUUGAAUACACAGCUACACCCUAAACUUGUACUUGUAAAGCCUCAGCUCGGUUGUUAACGUGAAACAAGUGAUAACAUAAAUGUGUAAGAAUCAUAAUAAAAACACUGUGUGCACAGGAUUGAUUACAUUAAGAUAUAUGUAUUGUAAAGGAUGGGUUAAUCAGUAAGUUGUGGUUGUGGACGCAUGAGGCCAUAAAUAUAGUACUAGAAAUGACUGAUAUUCCAUUCAGUAUCAUAUAUGUUGUACAGAAUAUGUUCAUAAUAAAACAUAUUUAAUAAAUGUAUUGACUACAUUUCAAUAUGCAUUACUGUCUAGUACUCUUUACAAGUAUCUCUAUGACUUUUUAAACUAGCAUUCAACUUGUAAAUUGACCCUUUUCAUCAUUUAAAUAAGUGUAUGUAAAGUAAUGGAUAAUGCUUAGCUCUAGACAUUCUUUUAACUAUAUCAGACAUAAAAAUUCUGUCAGUUUUUGUAUAUUGCGUAUUGUCAACUACUUGUAUAUUGUGGUAUUUAAUAAUGUAGUCAUGAACUCUCUGUUUUUAAAUUAUUGUUCUCGAAUCCAGGACGGAAAUGUGUUAAUAAUCACCUCGCAAUUAAUUGGUAUUUCAUAUCAAUGCAUUUGUUUUUCUAGCUAUGAGGAAAGUGAGGGUUUUGAUAAACUGUACUAUUGAACCAAACAUUUUUUAUCGAAUGCUUAUUCUUCGCACGACAUAAAUAAAUUUUAUUUAAUUAAUGUUGAGUUGUACUGAAAUUUUUGUUUUGUUAAGAUUUUACAUGGUCUAAUAGCUAAAUAAAGUUUUAUUUCUAAAGGACAUCUGUAAGUAGUCAUUGUAUCAUAUUGUUGUUACCAAAAAGUCAAUUGUCGACCCCUUUCAAGUCUUCUCUGUAAACGAUAAUGUUUGUUAAACAUCAUGUUCACUGCAACCUUAGCAUUAUUAGUAUAAUAAACAUGAUUAACAUUU